AUGGUGUUGGGACGGUUUGAGUCGGGGCUCCAGUCCGAUUCGGGUCUUGUAACUGGGUCAGGUUAUUGGAUUGGGUUGGCAGCUUGGGUUGGGCUUAGGUCUGCUGAGUGGCUGUUUACCAUCGCCUGGGCCUCCCCGGGAUGGAUAUGCCCCAACUCGGAUAGGGGCGUCAACCAUUCGACUGGCAUUGGUACUACAGAUGGUGUCUUCCGUGAUGAUGACGGCGCCCGGAUACAUGGCUAUAGCAGGAAUGGUGGCCAUACCUCCGUUUUAAAAGUCGAACUUUGGAGCAUUUAUGAAGGUAUUGUUCUAGCUCGGAGCCUUGGUAUAGAGAGCCUGGAAGUUCAAAAGGACUGCAAACAAGCAGUCAACCUGCUUGAAGAUAAGACAAUGAUAAAUAGCCCUAUUUCUCUUGUUCACUCCAUCACCGCCUUACGGAAACACACUUGGAGUACUCGUCUCUCAUGGAUUCCCAGAUCUGCGAAUGCUGUUGCCGACAAACUUGCAAAAAUGGCCCCGAUCACUGUAACACAAACUGAGCUUUAUGCAGCGCCACCUCCGAGCUUGGACUCUCUCCUAUCCGCUGACAGAAGAGGAGCUUCUCUGCAGUCUAUAACCCCAGUCUAG